CAAUGGCUGCACAUAGAGCGGCAAGCGAAUAACAUUUGUUUGACAGAUGAAAUAUUUAGGUUUAUCGCAUUGUUUGUUUCUAUCGACAAAAGUGUGUGAGCUGCAUAAGCCGACAUGAAUUUGGAAUUAUUGGAAUCAUUUGGGCAAAAUUACCCUGAAGAAUUCGAUGGUUCGCUCGACUGUAUAUCGUUAGCCGUCACUUGUUCGUUCAAUAAAUACGGAACACUUUUGGCUGUUGGCUGCAACGAUGGCCGGAUUGUCGUUUGGGACUUUCUGACACGAGGAAUCGCCAAAAUCAUAUCGGCACACGUGCAUCCCGUUUGCAGUAUUGGCUGGUCACGCAACGGGCACAAACUUAUUUCAGCGUCCACCGAUAACAAUGUGUGCAUUUGGGACAUUCUAUCGGGCGAUUGUGAGCAAAAGUUUCGGUUUCCAUCGCCGGUGCUGAAAGUACAAUUCGAUCCGAGGAACGAUGCCAGGUGCCUUGUUUGUCCCAUGCGAUAUGCCGCCGUUUUAGUCGAUAUCAAUGGAACACAUAAAUGUUUGCCGUAUGACAGUGAUGGAGAUUUGAAUAUAAUUGCAUCAUUUGAUCGGCGCGGCAAAUACAUUUACACGGGGAAUGCAAAGGGGAAAAUUCUAGUGCUUAACUCACACACGCUAAAAAUCGAAGCCAGCUUUAGGAUUGUCGUGGGAACAUCAAGUGCGACGGCUGUCAAAAGUAUCGAAUUUGCCCGGCGUAGCGAUUCAUUUUUAAUUAAUACAUCCGAUCGAAUAAUACGAGUGUAUGAUGCGAAGGAAGUGAUUGCAUGCGGUAAAGAUGGUGAGCCGGAGCCGAUUCAAAAGCUGCAGGAUUUGGUCAAUAAAACGACCUGGAAAAAGUGCUGUUUCUCGGGCGAUGGUGAGUACGUGUGUGCGGGCAGUGCGCGUCAGCAUGCGUUGUACGUGUGGGAAAAGUCGGUUGGGAAUUUAGUGAAAAUUUUGCAUGGUACAAAAGGUGAAUUACUGCUGGAUGUGGUAUGGCAUCCGGUGCGACCGAUCAUCACGAGUAUUAGUUCUGGGCUGGUAUCGAUUUGGGCACAAAAUCAAGUGGAAAAUUGGUCGGCAUUCGCGCCCGAUUUCAAGGAACUCGACGAAAAUGUGGAAUACGAAGAACGAGAAUCGGAAUUUGAUAUUGAAGAUGAGGAUAAAUCGGUGGAUUUGUCGGCCGAAGCAAAACAAGACGAAGAAAUCGAAGUGGAUGUGGUUAAAGUUGAUCCGAUUGCCGCAUUUUGUAGUUCCGAUGAAGAAUACGAAGAAGAUGCCGGCCUACAAUUUCUGCCAAUGGCACCCGAAGUUGAAGAUCCCGAAGAUGGAUGGAACCAAGAGAAUGCAAACGGCCAAGAGAAGAACACAUCGAAAGACGCCGAUGAACAAAUGGACACCGACGAUCUGUCAUCACAAAGUGGCGUUCGCAAAAAAAUACCUACGUACGACAUCACACUCGAAGCACCGCCUAAAGAUGAAAUCCAUCCGCUGCUAUUGAACCGAAGUAACAAAGACAAGCAAAACCAAAUGGCGAAAAAAGCGGCCGGUCGGCCCCGAAAAUAGAUGUGUUAUUUUCUCAAACCAGACAUAAACCACACAAAAUGUUUAUUAGAAAUAUUUCCAAAACAAUUUAUUUUUAAGAAAUAAUUGACCCAUGAUAAUUGCUUGAAUUUUUAUUGUAAAGUAAAAUUUAAUUAUACACACAAAACACAGAGAAAAAAAAAUUGAAAUGAAGUUAAUAAGAAUUGUUUGUCAGCUGAAAAAAAGGAAUGGUAAAAUUGAGUCUAAAUAAAUGUCAUUCGUAUUUUUUCAAAA